AUGGAGAGUGGGCUGCAGCGUGGAGGUAGUGCUGGAGAGCCCCGAAGGAGGGUACUUCCUGAAGCAGCCGGCGGGGCGCGCGGCGGAGCCCCCCGAGCCCCCCGCCCCGGGGCCGCCGGGCGCCGUCCUCACCACCGAGAGGUUCGCCGUGUUCCAGACUUCGCGGCCGCUGGCCGUGCGGGCCUCCUACGGCCCCUUCUCCACCAAGCAGACCGUGCCGGCCCGAAGCCUCGUCGCCGAGCCCAGCUCCAACAGCAGCGACCUGUGGAAAGGGACUGGCCAGUGAUACGGGUGGUGAUGCACACUGGAGCAGAGCCUGGAGCUCAGCGAGUAUGUGCUGUAGUCCAUGCUACCCUUGGUGAUGGCCGGGUGACAGGUGCCUGCUCUCCGGAUAGCCACGAGGGAAUGUGCUUGGUUGAAUUGGUUGUGCCGUGGUCCUGGUGGCCACUUUUACCCUCCAGGCGAACGAAGCCUACAAAGGCUCCACCCCGCCUUGUUGCUCUUGCGUAUACUGUUAUAGAGCCGCUCAAGGGGCCUCAGUGUACUCCAAAAGUUAUGAUACAAAGUCUCACACCUCUGGGAAUGGUCCAGCUUGUUCCAGCUAGUCAAGGAUACAAUACGUUGAGCACUGAUAAUCACGUUACUAUGCUUGUGCCACAGAGGCCGCUUUAUCCAACAAGUAAAAUUCACAUCCCUACUUAUGUCACUAUUAAACCUCCUGCACAUGUGACUGGAUUUAUGCUGAGAGCAAGAGUAAAAAGUGGACUAAGGGUCUUAGGAGCUGAACUGAUUUCAAAGGAUGAUUGGAAUAUGACAGUUGAAAUUAAUCCAAAACAGUCAGUGGCAACAGUUACUGUAAUUAACAAACAAACUCAGCAAGAUAUUGUACCUAGGACGGAAGAAGUUUUUGUCUGGAUUGUUGAAGUUGCGGGUGGUGGAUCUAGCGUUUUAUGGCAAGAAGGAAAACUUGUUUGGAGUGUAAGGUAUUUAAAUGAUAAAGGACCUCAUCACCAUGGAAAACAUAAAACACCUGUUAGAAUACAUAUAAAUAAAGAUGAUAUACAUGCGCUUAUCCCUAUAUCUAAGAAUUGGGAAGUUGUUAAUAGUGCAGUGCUGACAGGAAAACAGGUUAGUCAAGGAAUGAAAGUCGUAAUGGUAUCUCAUGGUGGUCAUUUAGCAGAUGUUACGUUGCAAGCUUCCUGCCAUGUUCCCGAUGACAGUGUGAUUAAGGUAUCGUCAUCUUGUAGCUCUGUUUAUGUUGAUGGAUCAGAAGUCCGCGGAUCAGCAAAUGCCAGUGUUGUUGUCAGCUAUGGAAACCUUGCCGCAUUGGCUAGUUUUACUGUUUGGAUGCCAGAAUUGCCUGUUGAAGUGUCUUUACCAGAUACUCGACUUAGCCAAGUAAAAGGGUGGAGAGUACCUGAUUUGAGGAGUGGAAAGACAAAAAGAAGCCUCAGUAUUGAUGCAGGGAAUGGAAGGAUAUCAAUCCUUACAGAAGAUAAUACUGUUGAUAAAACUACAGCUUGUCGCCUGCGUUAUCAACAGACUAAUGUAGAGGUUUAUGCAAGAUUUGUUGCUGCAGACCAUGAUUCCGGACGUGUUUCAUACCUGGUUAAUAGGAGAACAUGGUUAAGAGUUACGCAGCUAGUUUUAGGACUUUUACGGGUUUCAGAUACAAGAAUAGCAACUCUACAAGGAAACAUUCUUCAGGGUAGAGCUCCAGGGAGAACAGAAUUACAAGUUGUUAGUGCUGUCUCAGGAAGAGUUCUUGGGGCCAAAGAAGUUAGAGUUUUGAGUGAUAAAGUGACAAUCACUCGACUUGCUGCAAGUGUAGUAUCUGGUCUACAAUUGGCUAUUUCACCAGAUACUGGAGUCGACAAUGGUUAUAUUGCCCAGGCUUCUGUAACAAGAAAAUUGACAGCACAAUACCAGGAAGGACUUUUAGACAUGGAACUAGUUUUUUCGGAUGGAACUACAACUUCAGUUUCAAGAAUUGAGCGAGAAGACUAUCAGCUAGUUGUUGAAACAGAAAGACCUGAUAUAGUUGCCUUUGCUCCUCAAACACCUAUGUCCCAACCAAGGGUCAUAGCAGUUUCACAAGGCCGUGGUAAUCUUCUAACAGUUACUGUGCACCCUCCUACACUAUGUGGUUCCAAGGUUCCAUUGGCGUCUACUCAUGCACAUGUGGAUAUUGAUUUUAAUACUGGUUUAACGGGCAACCGUCCAGAAUUAGUUCAGAAUGAUGGAGGAGCCCAUAGAGAAAUAUCAGCUGACCUUCAUGAUAUUUUUAUAGGAAUACCUCUUAAAGAUGAACACAAUCAUGAACCAACAGUACAGGCUCGACAACAUGGAAUGAAUGGAGGAAAUGGUGUUGGAAUCACUAGCACUCAUCAUCUGUCACUACUUGAGAUUGGAAUGUAUAUUCUAUUAGCUGUGUUCUGCUGUGCAAUAGUUAUUUUUGUGGUGUCAUGUGUUGUAUAUGCCAACCGAUUUAAAGACGGAGCAGGAGGAGGGCCCCUCGCACCAUCUUCUGGGGGUCCUGCCCUUCCUGCUCAGAAUGCACAUGAUUGGGUUUGGAUGGGAAGGUCAACACUGCAUGUUACAGAUAAUCCAAUGUACCAUGGGAAUUCUUUUCACAAUCCGAAUCACAUUGAUCUACCUUCGCAAUCUCAUCAUUGUGUUAAUAGAGAAAAUAAAGAUAUCUGCAUUCCACCUCCAGUUCCUCCCCAUGGUGUCGAGUAUCGGCCUCCUGUUCCUCCCCAUAGAAAGCAACCACUUCCGCCUCCACCAGUACCACAAGAGAAUGGUAUAGGAGUAAGAAAACAUCAUCAUCAUCACCACAAAAGGGGUAGACAAGGGGUCGGAACUAAAGCAGCUAGAGCAACAGUUGUAGGCAAUCCGAUGUUUGGUGCCGGUGACCCUGGCCUAGCUCUUGAAGAGCUGAAUCUUGGAAUGGACUACAAUCAGAUCAUGGAGUAUUUUGACAACCUAAAAGAGUCAAAUGCUUGACUUGUUUUAUCUUAUCUAUACCCAAUGGCUCCUUCCUUGAAAUAUUGACAAUAAUGCACCUGUUUCUUUAUCAAUAAGUUGCCUGUUUACUAAUCUCAAUCACUUAAAAAAUGAUUCCAUGUUCGCUAUCUAUCCUCUACUUCACAGCAUUGCUUUCAGUAAAAGUCAAAUAACUAAUUAUAUGCUGAGAAUGUUGAUUCUGUUUAGUAGCUACCAAUUCAUUUCAAGUUCAAUGAAACAAGACCAACACAUUUUUUAUAAGUUAAAAAGAAAAAAAGAGAUAUUUUUCAAAUUUUCAAAUAUAUUGUUCUGAACUCAUAAGAAAGAAAAAAUAAUCAAUGAUUAAAUUAUUGAACAAAAAAUAUUUUAAGUAAUUUAAUAGUCAAUUCAUCUAUAAAUCAGUCAGUAGUAUGUUUUUGGAAAUUAACAGUUUAAUCGACUUUUAUUUCUUUGUGUCUGCUGUAUUUAAAAAAAAAAAUAAUAAGUUAUGGAGAAUUGAGUUUUAUUUUUUAUUUUACUUCAUAGAUAAUAUGGUAUUUUUUUUAUUUACCAACAAUUUUUUUUCAUCCUAAAAUUGUUCUUUUUAUGUCUUAUAAAUUCAAAUGGUACCAAUAAAAUGGAAAUUUCAAUGUCUUCAACUAAUGCACCAGUUUUAACAUUUGUGCAGUUUUAUAUUUAUUAGAUGAGAGCCAUUGAAUUUUUUUUGUAACUUAUGGUUGUCAAAUUAAAAAUCCUAAUAAAAUAAUAUAAAGCAAGUCAUUGACCAAGUAUGCACUGAAUUUGGUUGUGUUUAUGUAGUCUUUAAUAUUAAUCCAGUAAUUUAUUUUAAAAUGGGUAUUUAUGUGUCCUUCUACCUUCUUCUAAGUAAGUAAGAGAGCCAAAGUGAUAUUUAUAAGAAGUUUUAGCUGAAACGUGACAGUCUGAAACAGCUGGUCAUGAGAGAAACUUAUGUACAAAAAGUAAGAUAGGUUUGUUUAAAUCUUUUAAAAGGAAUACAAAAGAAUCUUGUCUAUUUUAGCCUUCUUUCUGGGGGCAAAAAGGACCUAUAACUGUUGCACUUCCUUCAUUAAAUUAAACAAAAUCGGACAUGUAAAAAAAUUGAAAUACCACCCUCAUUUAUUUUAUUUUUUAAGACAUGAUAAUUUUAUUUUGAGUUUAUGACUGGUGGUAUUUAUAAUUAAAACAUGUUAAAUUUAAAUAAUAAAUAUUCAUAGCGGGUAGGAAUCUGUGCCAUAUCUGUUUUAAAAUUAAAAAUCCUGUUUUGUUUUAAUAUAUAAUUUUUAUUAUUUAUUUAUUAGCAUAAUGAUAAUUUUGCUGAUGGUUAAAUAUUAUAUUAAAAACAUUGAAGGAAAUCAUUAGUGAAUUACAGCUUUAAAAAUAUAGAUAUUGUUAGUUAUAUCCAAAUAAUUUUUCUUUUUUAUUGAUAAUUAAGAUUUAUUAUUAAUUUAAGAUGUUUUGAACUUGCUAGGUUAAAAUAUGAUUUAAGAACCAUUGUUUACUAUUUUAGAUGAAUGAGUUGGGGGAUGAAAAUUAAAACUAGAUGGAUCCAGCUAGAACUUUGUUGUGUUAUGAAUAAGCAAAUUAUGAAUUGCUAUAAGUAAGAAAAUAUCUUCCCCAUCAAAUCUAUAACAAGAUACUUGCUAAAGGAACUUUUUUUAAAAAUUCUGAAAUGGAAAAAUAUCUUAUCUUUUAAACAGAAGGGUGCUGUGAUAACAAUCCAGAUUAUUUAUUAAUAUUGGUUAAUUAAUCUCAUUUUGACCUAUGCUAUGAACAGAAAUCAAUGUUUUUGUUUCCAAUACAAUACUUGUUAUUUUCUGAUGCUUAACCUUUGUCAUUGUUUUUGCUGCCACUUUAUAGAAUUUAUCAUUUAAACCUUUUAAAAGGGUAUUCAUACUUAAAGGUCACUCGUUAUUAUUAAUACUUAUGUUCCUAUAAAAGUAAUAACAUGAAAAAGGAAGGAAUAGUAAUCAUUUCUGCAUUUUUAUUUCCAUUAAUAUGAUUAUUAAAGCUGUAAUAUUAAAAAAAAAAACUAUUUAUAUUAGCUUGGAAAAUUGUAUUUAAUUUUAUGUAGUGUACAUAAGACUAUAUCAAAGCAUAUAUUAUAUGGUACUAUCUGAAAUAUUAGUAUUUAUACUGUGAAUGGAAUAAAAUAUCUUAAUAUUUAUAAAUAUAUUAUUUAAACUUCAUAUAUUGAAGAGUUUCACUGUUAAAUUGUAAUGGAGUUUAUUAUUUAUUUUAUAUAGAAUACAUUCCUAUUAGUAUUAGAUAUAAUUAAGCAGAAUGUAUAUAAUUCUGUAUGAUUAAAGACUUCUUUUGGGAAAUACUGUUACUGUCUUAAUUAAAAAAUCUGUUGCUUUUUUAAAGUGCCAUAUUAAAAAGCUAAUAACAGCACUUAUAUAUUACAUAUUUUGUGUGUCACCUGCUUUUCUUUUUGGGUAAUCCUUAAGUGCCAUGGUAAUAAAUUUCACACAUGCAUCGUUUACCACAAGAAGUCUUCAAUUAUAGUUCAAACUAUGGUUACCAAAACCUCCCGCUAUGGAUAAUGUGCCUCACUGUUAAUCUCGAAGGCUGCUGUUCACACUGAAGUUGUGAGCGAAUUUUCUAGUCAGCAUUGCACAAGCUUUACAGCGCCUUCAUUUGUGACUGUGUCUAAAAUGUGAGAGUUUUAUUUUACCAAAUGUUUAAUUAUUUUAUAUUUAAUUAUAUACAUAUUAUUUGUACAUAUAAUAAUGGAAUGCUGGAACUAUUAAUUCCAAAUAUAAAAUAUGCUCUAUGCAUUUCUAUGUAUUUAUAACUAUAAGGCUGAUGUUUAAUACUCGAGUAGGUUUUAAGAUUUAUCAAUUGAGAUAUAUAUGUAUAAACUUAUAUAUAUAUUAUAAAUAAAUAUAAAGCUGUAUUUUAAAUUGUUAUUAUUUGCCAUUUAAGACACAGUCAGAUGCCAUUCCUUAAAUGCUUUGUGUGCUUAUCUUGUGAUAUAUUCCCUCUUUGUACAUUUUGCGUUGUAAUAUUUUGUAAAUACCAAACUUUUUUGUGUGUAUAAAUGGAUGAUCUGUUGCAGGUUUUUAUUUUGUAGUCAUAAUGUGUUCCUUGUUGUAUCCAUAAGAAAAAUGUGUUUUAUUGUUAGCUAAAUAUAAAUAUAUAUAAAACAUGAAAACUGCUGAUAUAUAUCAAAAUAGCUUUUAGACGUUAGAAAGAUGUGCUUCUAUAACCCAGUUAUGUAAAUUGAACUGUUAAGAACAACUCCCUCCAUUAAAGUAUAGCUAAUCACAAAAUGUUAUAACUAUUUUUGUGUUAAUUUCACUCUUGUACAAACUUGAAAAACUCUUUAUUCUCAGGUCUUCCUUAUUUUUAUCACAUUUUUUGUUACCUGAUAUUUUUAUAAUUUAUUUCAUGUAACCAUAUUAUUUUAAUUGUUAUUGUUAUUGAAGUUGGUACUGAGGGUUAAAGAUAUAAUGCUGUAGCUUGUAAAUUAUAAGAAAUUAAGAAAAUAUGGAGCUCUUCCAUAAUAAUUUUGUUUUUAAACAGAAUCAGAAAAUGACUGCACCUUGAAGUAUACUAUCUUUUUAAGUUAUUAAUUAUGUUUUUAUUGUAUUAUGUCCAUGCCACUUCGAUCUCAGCUUUAAUAUGCAGCAUAUAUAUUUAAUUGAAUUUUGUUAUGAAGUUUCAAUGAACAAUUUUGUACUGUACUUAAAUACUACUUAGGUCUGUAGCAUAUGUGAGUGUUGUCAUGGAAAAGCGUGUGAUUCAAUAAAAUUUGUUUAAUGGGUGUUAUAAUCAAUGUAAAUGACAUUUUGCACGAUUGUAUUCCAUGGUAUAAAACAUAAUUUAUGAAUUAGUUUAUGAAUUAUAUGUUUUAAGAAUGAUAAAUUCACUGUUAUAAUGGUUUAAAUAAAAAGAGAUUAUAUAAUACAUGUUUGAUACAUAUCACAUUUUUAUAAAUUAAGGUGUACAAGUUCAAUUUACAAACAGAUUUUCAGAUUUAAAACAUUAUAAAAUUUAGGAACCAUUAAUAGUAAGUUCAGAAAUAUUUAUAUUACAUUAUUUGUGAUCAUUAGAUAAAAAUAUUUCUUUCAAAAUAAAUGAUUAUUUAGAAUGUAAAAAAAUAUGAAAGCAUUUAUUUUUUUCGACUUUCUAAUUGUUGAUUUUUUUUAUUGUGAUGAUUGAUUAGAUGUGUUUCAUCUAUAUUUAAAGAUUUCUGCUGGGAUUUUGUUCAUUCUUACCUAAUUAGUUGAGAUAAAACUAAAUGAUCCUUUGCGUAUCAGUAUCAUGGUUCAUAUAAAAAUUUUAUUUAUUCAUUUAGCACUUACUGUCUCUACUUAUAUUUCAUGUAAUUUGGAGGGUUGAAGCUUAGAUUGUCCAGUGCAGAUUUUACCGAAUCAUGUCCACAUCUUUGGCAUAGGUAUGCAUUUGUUUCUAGAUUAAACUAUAUGUACAGUAAUCCCUAAACAUUUAUCAGGGUUAUUUUCCAUUAGAAUCUUGAGUUCAUGAAUUAUGUCUUUGUUUCUUUUUGAAUACAUUUUAUGAAGACCAACAAAGUACAG